UGUCUCAUUGGAGUUUUUCCUUAUUUCUAUUUUGGUCAAGCCUAGUUGGAGUGUGUUCUUCGGUUCUUUCUCCCUUAGAUUCUUGGGCUAGCCUUUCAUAGUCUAGUAGUGACCGAAAAAAAGUGAGCAGAAGGAGCGGAGGACGGCGACGGCGACCUCCGAAGGAGCGACUGCGCGAGGAAGAACCAGAGAAGAUGGAAGUGAAACUACUUAUGGCCUCUGGAGUUCUGCACUUCUGCCACUUUGAUGUGAUGAUACUGAUGAAAAAUUGCAGCACCAACAUAACGAAGUUAUUGUGAAUUUGGAUCUGAUUUUCCCCUCCGCAUACCCAAAACGACGUAGCUUAGGCGGUAUUCCAAAAACCGACCGGUUUUCGAUCUGGUCGAACCGACCGAUUUUCAACCGGUUUUCAAGUUUGUCAUCGGUUUUCUUGGCAUCCGGUUUUUUCAGUAAUUCGAUUCGAUAACUGGUUUUCAGAACCUUGGUGAAAAGUGAUGUUGGCAGCCCCCAGGUUAUCUUGUCUCUCUUCUCUCUUCCCCUCCAUUUUUAUCUGGAUCCACAAGCCAAAGCCAUGGGAGAAAUGAAUUGGAUUCAGCGCAAGAUCUUCCUCUACAAUGUUACUUUUGGGCUUUAUAUGUUGGAUUGGUGGGAACGCUGUACUUUCAACAUUUUGCUGAUUGUAUUAAUGUGGUUCGUGAUACGAUAUAUUACUGAGUUCUUCAGGAGGUAUGUGUUCAAGCAGUAUAUGUAGAUGGUGACUUGAGGAUUCAUAUUAGUUGCAUUUGGUGUAGCUAACUAGGGAAAUAUCCUAUAGCAGUUUGAUAUGAACUGACUUUGGAGUUUCUUCAAGCUGUCCACAGAAGUUGCGCAUCUCAUGCCUGUUGUGCACCGUCGUUAAUCUUAUAUUUUUGGCAUUUGCUUGCUUGUUAGAUUGUAUUAUGUGGGAUGAUAAUUGCAUUACUCAGUUGUAAUAAUCUUUUUUUGAGAAUUUUUACUAUUGUGUUUGAACUAUUGAAAAUUCAAAAUGUGAGAUCCUCUUUAAAGCCAUAAGGUUUCAUUGAA